AGUGUACGUGUCUCUGUGUGUUUAUGUGUUUGACCGUCUCCACCCAGCACCGGAAAGCUGAUCUCUUCCCUUCAGCAGAGCCUGACAGGGUCAAGCUGAUCCAGUCACGGGAAGAGUUUGGGGACGGAGAUGAGAGGAUGUGGAAUGACUACAGUGACACUGGGCUGGUGGGAAACGAUUUCUAUGACGAGUCUGUCACCGAGACCCUGACAGUUACUACCACUACCACCGAGGGUGCUUCCGAGGAUGUCCGAGUGCCCCCCACCCUUGCUCCCACCGAUGGGGUGGACGUGUACUUUGAGAGCCCGGGCGAUGAGAACGAGCACGCCCACUUCCUCCGCGCCAAGAUGGACCUGGAGGAGCGGCGCAUGAACCGGAUCAAUGAAGUGAUGAGAGAGUGGGCAGCAGCCGAUCGACGGGCGAAGAACGCUCCCAACAACGACCGGAUGGCACUGAACAAGGUGAGGGUCAGUGUGUGUGUAACUGUGUGAGUGACCCGUUCCCC